ACAGGGCACAUGACUGUGUCAUUAGGACAGUAAAACACUCUAUUCCCUUCAUGGAUGUUUAACUUGCACACACCAUCAGGUGAUCAGGCCAAUGUGACAAUGUGUUCUCAAACAGAAAGCAGUUGUAUGUCCUCUAUACAGGCUAAAUCAAAGGAAGAAUGGAAGUCAGCAGAGUCCAUUUAUGAUUUUUCUGUGAAAGACAUUGACGGAAAUGAAGUGUCCCUAGAAAAGUACAGGAAUCAAGUAGUUCUCAUUGUCAAUGUGGCCUCUAAAUGAGGCUUCACUGACAAGAACUACACUCAGCUACAGAAACUGCACGAAAAGUAUGCUGAGGAGAAGGGGCUCAGGAUCCUUGGAUUUCCCUGUAAUCAGUUUGGAAGUCAGGAGCCUGGGUCAGAAGAGGAAAUAAAGAAAUUUGUUAAUGAAAGAUAUGGUGUUAAAUUUGAUAUGUUUAGCAAAAUUGAUGUCAAUGGGAAUAACGCCCACCCGCUGUACAAGUAUCUGAAGGCCAAGCAAGGGGGCACACUAGGAGACUUCAUCAAAUGGAAUUUUACAAAGUUUCUUGUAAACAAAGAAGGGAAGCCAGUGAAAAGAUAUGCACCCAAUACUGAACCCUUCAGCAUUGAGAAAGACUUUUCACAGUAUUGGUGACGGUGCAACAAAGUUCCAUCCUCUGAGAAAGUGAGCUCAAAAUUCUAGAGACCUUGUGUAGCAGUCUGUAGGAGAACUUGUCCGAGGGCCAAUCAAUCCGUGAUUCGAAGACUGUAUGAAGGCAAUCUCUUAAACCAUUUGAUUGGUGGAGGCAGCCUGAUGCUUAUUUCGUGCAGUUUCUUUGUCUUGCGUGUCAUGGAAAGUUUUGACCUGAUGUGGAGAAAUUUUUCUACACAUUGCACUACAGUUUUGACCUCCUUUCUGGUUAUUGUAUAGCAGAGUGAAAAUGACAUGUACAUGUAAUUACUUUUUAAUGUUAUAAAUGAGUGUAAUCUGGAUAUUUUUAAGUUACAUGUAUAUUGUAUGAUCUGUAUCUUCUUUUUAAGUUUUGCUUCAAAAUUGAUUUGUUUUGUUUUGCUGAUUUUGGUGCUUCAAGUAUUUAGGUGCAUCACUAUGCAUAUAAAACAUUUUCCAUUUUAGCCCGGUUGUGCAAAUUCUAAAACCUAAGAUAACUUUUUUUGUGUGGUUACCGAUCACCCCUCCAAUUAUUUAUUCAGACUACUAUCAAGAUUUGUUAGUAUGUUUGUAAUUACAUUAAAGAUGUAUGUAAUUAUGAUGGUUAAAAAUAAUUCCUUUUUUCUUGGAUAGAAGUUAUGUUGAGAAUUUUCAUGUUUAACGAGUAUCUUUAUUGAUAUCCAAGUUCCUGAUGUGUGUUCAACAGAGCGAGCGCUCGCAAUCGCUCGCCAAAAUUUGUGUUGCGGGUAUAGGGAAUUUUGGCGAGCGCUCGCGAGCACUCGCGCUGUUGAACAGGCCUCUGGUCUUCCUACAGUGUUCAUAAAAUUCAGAAUAUCUUGCAGUAAACAUGAUGUACGUGUUGAAUUGCAACUUGGCCACAUGUGUCUAUCUCACUCAACAAUUGUCCAAUGGUCUUUGCCUUCCAUUUAUGGUUUACUUAUUAAGCUCUAUGUUAAUACACAUUUUGCAAAGUGGCUUGCUGUCAAAUGAGUUACAACAUGUAUUGAUUUUUUUUUCCACCAUAAAAAUCCUGAAUGUUUCCAACUGAGAAGAGCAUAAUUUUAGUAGCAUUAAACCUUGGUUCAGCAUUGGCAUCUGUAGCCUAAGUAUCAGUAUUGAAUCAAACACAAGAAUCUGUAGUACCCCUUUUAAUGCUAUCAUUGUAUAUUUUUUAUGUGUUGUAGACAGAACAUAUCAAUAAAAUCAGAAAUUUG